AUGGCUGCCAAAAAGGGUCUUGAAAGAGCUUGCCUUGUGAGUGAGAGGAACACCAAGAAGUACUCCUUGGCCCUAGACAGGAUGAGCUGGCAUCAGAAGAAUUUAAAUGAAGAGAGGCAGCAGCAGGACGCAGAAGUUACUGAAGCUAAUCCAGCGUAUCACUGUCACGGCUACUCACAGGCCUAUGAGAACAGAAAAAGGGAGCAGCAUCAAGCCAGGAGGAAGCUCUGUGUAGCAUCAGUAAUUUGCAUCUUCUUCAUGAUUGCUGAGAUUACAGGGGAGUAUAUCGCCGGGAGCCUGGCAGUGAUCACCGAUGCAGCUCACAUCCUGGUGGACCUGACAAGCUUCCUGAUCAGCCUCUUCUCUCUGUGGCUUGCCUCCAAACCUCCCACCAAGCAGUUAACUUUCGGGUGGCAUCGAGCAGAAAUUCUGGGAGCUUUGAUGUCUAUGAUAAUCGUUUGGAUGGCGACUGGUGUGUUAACAUAUUUGGCUAGCAUGAGGCUGCUACACCCUAAUUAUGACAUUGAUGCUACAGUGAUGCUCAUUACCUCUGCUUGUGCUGUGCUCGCCAACAUCCUUCUAAGCCUGAUUCUGCACCAGACCAGCCACGGGCACAGCCAUGGGGCACAAGCCAGGGAACACGUGUCAGCCCCUCCAGAAAAGCCAGCCCUGAGCAAUGCCAGUCUGCGGGCAGCCUUUGUGCACGCUAUCGGAGAUCUAUUCCAGAGUAUUAGUGUGCUAAUUAGUGCACUUAUCAUCUUCUUUAAGCCAGAAUACAAAAUAGCUGACCCAAUCUGCACAUUUGUGUUUUCCAUCUUUGUUUUGGCAACAACCAUCACCAUUUUAAGGGAUAUUUUGAUUGUGUUAAUGGAAGGAACAGCAAAAGGACUUGCUUAUGAUGCAGUGAAAGCAAGAAUUUUAGCAGUUGAGAAAGUGGAGUCUGUUCACAACCUUCAUCUUUGGUCUCUGACAAUGAAUCAAACUAUUCUAUCUGCUCAUGUUGCCACAGCAGACGCAGCGGACAGCCAGAAGAUUUUGAGAGAUAUUUCCCAAGCUCUGUUUGAACACUACAGCUUCCACUCCAUCACCAUUCAGAUUGAAUCGGGAGAGGAUCAGAAACGAGACUGUGUCUUCUGUCAAGACCCCAGGGAUUAA